UUUUGGUAUUUUCGAUGCGCUGUUUCAAUUUCUGGCUUUUUUAAAGUUAUAGCCCAUUGUAUAAAAAAUUUGCUAGGAAAAACUUGGUCACGUGACCCCAGCUGCAAAGGGCCUAUUGGGUGGUAAAAAAGAAAGUUACGUAAAGCAGAAGUUGGUUGGCUCAAAAUGAGUUAGGGAAAAUUCCCAGAGGCGUCCUCUCAAAAUUAGGAAAGCACCUAAGCCGUUGGUUAGUCUUUCGUAACACAGGGUUUUAAGCUAUGUCGAAGAGUACCAUCGAAGCUGAUGUAAAGCGCGUUAUGUCGGCGAGAGGCAGAGGGGAGGGAGGUCGGAGACUGCAUGUGCAAUGUUGUGUUCCAGGGUGUUUACAGACAGUGCGCAAGUUGCGUCUACAUAUCAGAAGGUCCCAUAAGAAGCUCUGUCCUCUGUCCUGUUCUGCUUGCCAGGCAAGGUUCGUGGGACAGAAUGAUUUGAACAACCAUCAUAGGAACGGAUGUUCCCGCGUUAUGUCGGAGAGAGGCACAGGGAAAGGAACUCGGGGAAAGCGUGUGCAAUGUCCAAAGUGUUUUACGACAGUGCGCAAGUUACGUCUACAUAUCAGAAAGUUCCAUAAGGAGCUCUGUCGUGUGUCAUGUUCUGAUUGCCAGGCAAGGUUCGUGGAACAGAAUGAUUUGAACAACCAUCAUAGAGACGGAUGUCCCCGCCGAAAGCAUAUAAGUUAUCGAGUGACGGCUACCCCGGGAAGCUUAAUAGAAACGUUUUUUGAAAAUGUUAACUUCAGUGACUGCUCUGCUGUUAAUAAUUUCAUUGCCGAUGAACUCCAACUUGACAAGACAGAUUUGAUCACCUUUCUUGGUGUCCUUUUCAGUACAUUCAGAAUGAAAAAGAAAUUCUGCCAGAAUAUUCCUUGUACAAGCAUCUAA